AUUUGCAGUUUCUUGUGCAAUCAUCUUUUUAUUGUUCUAUGUUAUGGAACUGCUCGUUUUAUUCCAUAAAUUAAAAGAUUAAAAAAAAGAGAAUUGGGAUAUAUGAGAUUGGCUUCCAAAUGGUUCUACUGAGAAUAGUGACAAACUGUCAAGUGAGAUGAUGUAUAGUUUAAUGGGGUUUUUUGAUCCUGAAGGUAAUAAAAGCACAAGACUACAAAAUGGACUGAAGCAUUGGACUUCCUAAAGGUCCAAUGAAUAUACAGAGCUGAGUGAAGUUUUUGUGAAUUUAUUUUAUUUUAUUUUACCUAGGACAUACAGGCUUUGAUUGUGUUUUAAUAACUAUAAAAUCUCAAAAUUGGAUUAAGGCUUUUUGAUAUAAAAUUGAUUUAAUAAGUUGUGAAUAAACUUUUAAGUCUUGUUUUCCUCCCUGCUUUGGAAUCUGUCUGCUAAUAUGAAGAGGCAGAAGGGCUCAUUUUACAAGCACCUGUAAUCCCUGCUCUGGGACCCGGGUGUCCUGACUCCCUGGCCUCAGCCCUCCCAGAGGGUCCAUAGGUGCUCCAGUGAGAGAAUUUCCCUUAGGGAAGAAUAACAAGAUAGAGGGAAAGCUCCCCGUGUCUGUGCAAAUGUUUCCAGGCUGGAGGAGAGGGUUAAAUUGGGGUGGGCAAGUCUGGGGUCCAGGCUGCAGGGAGGACGGGGACACCUGCCUGCUGAGGGCGGAGUAGGGGGAGGAGAAUGGUUGGGAGAAGCAGGAGGGAGGGAGGGAGGGUCUGGGUGUCCUAGUUUGGAAGAAGACAAGUGUAGCAAGGGGACAGCUGGAAGAAGGCCAGGAGAUUCCGCUCAGAGGGAGAAGGGUCUGAGUCCCAGAGCAGGGGGAGGGAGGGAGGUUGUGGGAAGAAGACUUUCACAGUUCAGUGGGUGGAGGCCCAUGUGGAAUUUGAGCCUUGGGGUGGAGUUUGGAGGCCUGGGAGGAGUCUAGAGUGGAAGAGAGUUAUCCCAGUGGCCAAGGCAUUCCAUGUGAUGGAGGGCAGGGCUUGGGGAGGGGAGGGAGGCAGGGUCUGAGGACCUGACCCUAGGAGCCAUUGGAGGAAAGGGAAGAUCCUGGGGUUUCAGCGGGGCUGGGGAGGGCGGGGCUCUUGGACUAGGAAGAGACACCCAGAGUGGGCUGGCUGGGAGAAGGCGCCUUGGGAGCUGAGGUCAAGCUGCCUUCUCUUGGAGCUGUGUUUAUUCUGAUUUCCCUUGGAGCUGGGAUCACUCUACCUUUUUGCUUUGGAGCUGAGAUCCCUCUGCCUUCCAUAAGCCAUGCAUGCGGGUCCCAGGUUGGGGUCUCUGCCCUCAGGGCAGGGCAGGGUCUUUGUGACUCCUGUGGGAUCUCACUCCCUGUAAAUACCUGUAGGCCAGCCUCCUGCCAGGGAAGAGAAAGGAAAGAGCUCUGCCCCUCUGGGGUCCUUCAGCCUCUCCAGCUCAGUCUGUGGAGGACCAAGGCCUGGGCCAAGCAUCGAGCCUGGAGCCAGAGGGAAUGGCCCCUGGGAGCCGCAGACCCCCAGCCCAGGAGCUGGUGACAUUCAAGGAUGUGAUUGUGGACUUCACCCCAGAAGAGUGGGGCCUCUUGAACCAUUCUCAGAAAGAGCUGUACAAGGAGGUCACACUGGAGAAUGCCCAGAACUUGCUGUCUCUGAGAAUUCCAGUUCCCAGGGAAGGUUCGAUCUCCCAUUUUGGACAAGGGGAAGCACCUUGGAUGCUGGAGUUAGAAGACCUCAGAACCUCCUGUCCAGAUGAAGAGACCAGGCUUGAAAUAAGGAGGAAGACUACUUCAGAGCUGAGCAUUUCUGUGGAAGAAUCACAGCAGCAAAGAUUCAUGAGUGAUGACCCCUGUGAUAUCAAUUUAAGAGAAGUGUGUGACUCUGAUAUCAAGACAAAGAAAAAACAAAAUAGUCACUCUGAAUUUGAUAAAGAUGGAAAGAGGUUCAGACAAUGUUCAGUCCCAAUUCACCGUAAGAAAAUGACCUUAGGGAAUGACUGUUCUCAGGAUAAUAUAUAUAGGGAAUGCUUUACUAAACAGAUAGAGGUUGUUGAGUCUCAUAAGAAGCCUCUGGAAAUGCAAACUUAUCAAUGUAAUCACUGUGAGAUGGCCUUUAGCUUGAAUUCAGACCUAAUUAGGCAUCAGAAAAGUCAUACUAAAGAAAUGCUGCACAUAUGUAAUGAAGGUAAAAAGGUCAUCAGUCAUAAUUCAAAGCUAACUGACCAUCAGAAAAUUCACAAUGAAAAGAAAUAUUAUGGAUGUAAUGAAUGUGGCAAAGCCUUUAAGCGACAGUCAUCCCUUAUCCGCCAUCAGAAAUUUCAUACUAGUGAAAAGCUACAUAAAUGUAUACAAUGCAAACAGGCCUUCAGGCAGCAGUCAUCCCUUAUUUCCCAUCAAAGAAUUCAUACUAGAGAGAAAUCUCAUGUGUGUUGUGAAUGUGGUAAAGCUUUCAGUGAAAAUUCGUCCCUUAUUGUACAUCAGAGAAGCCACACUGGAAAGAAACGUUAUGCAUGUUCUCAAUGUGGAAAGACUUUCAGACAGAGCUCUAGUCUUGCUGCACAUCAGAGAAUCCACACUGGAGAGAGACCUUAUGAAUGUAAUCAAUGUGGAAAGACUUUCACACAGAGGGCCAGUCUUGCUGUCCAUCAGAGAAUCCACACUGGAGAAAAACCUUACGAAUGUAAUCAAUGUGGAAAAUCUUUCAGAUGCAGCUCCACUCUUGCUCAACAUGAGAGAAUCCACACUGGAGAGAAACCUUAUGAAUGUAAUAGAUGUGGAAGGGCAUUCAGUUGUAGAUCUAGUUUUGCUAAACAUCAGAGAAUCCACACUGGAGAGAAACCUUAUGAAUGUGAGGAGUGUAGAAAGACUUUUAGAUUCCACUCCAGUCUUGCUAAACAUCAGAGAAUACACACUGGAGAAAAACCUUAUAAAUGUAUGCAAUGUGGAAAGACUUUUGGACAGAGCUUCAGUUUUGCUGAACAUCAGAGAAUCCACACUGGAGAGAAACCUUAUGAAUGUAACCAAUGUGGAAAGACUUUCAGACAGAGGUCCAGUUUUGCCGAACAUCAGAAAAUCCACACUCGAGAGAAGCCUAAUGAAUCUCAUGAAUGUGGAAAGGCUUUCAGAUGCAGCUCCAAUCUUACUGAACAUCACACAAUCCAGACUGGAGAGAAACCUUAUGAAUGUAACAAAUGUGGAAAGACUUUCAGAUUUAACUCCAGACUUUCUGUACAUCAGAGAAUCCACACUAGAGAAAAACCUUAUGAAUGUAAUGAAUGUGGAAAGACUUUCAGAUGCAGCUCCAAUCUUGCUGAACAUCAGAGAAUCCAUACUGGAGAGAAACCUUAUGAAUGUAAUGAAUGUGGAAAGACUUUCAGAUUUAAGUCCAGACUUGUUCUACAUCAGAGAACCCACACUGGAGAAAAGCCUUAUAAAUGUAUUGAAUGUGGAAAGAGUUUCAUAAGGAACUCCAGUCUUGCUGAUCAUCAGAGAAUCCACACUGGAGAGAAACCUUAUGAAUGUAAUCAAUGUGGAAAGACUUUCAGAUGCAGCUCCAAUCUUGUUGAACAUGAGAAAAUCCAUGGAGAGAAACCUUAUUACUGUAAUCUAUGUGGAAAGACUUUCAGACGCAGCUCCAAUCUUGCUGAUCAUCACAGAAUCCACACUGGAGAGAAAUCUCAUGAAUAUAAGUAAUGCUGUAAAGCCAUCUGAUAACACUCAUCCCAUAUUUUCUUUGGGAGAAUUCAUACUAGAUUGAAAUCUUAUCAGUAUAAUGAAUGGGGAAAGGCAUUCAAAUGGAAUAUGGAGCUUGUUAGACUUCAGAAAGUUCAUUCUGGGGACAAACUCAAUAUGGACUCAAUGUGGGUCAAAGAGAUCAUAUCUUACUUUACAUCAGAGGAUUCAUAAUAGGGAAAACUAUGAAUGUGCUCAGUGGUGACAUGAAUAUUGCUGAAGAAGGUUGUCCUUAGACACCAGAAUAUUCACACUGAAAGGAAGCAUUACAAAAGCAUUGAUUGUGGGAAAGCCUUGACAUAAGUCUCAUACUUGACUACAUAUUGGAGAAAUGCUAUAGGUAAAGCUUAUGGAACUCAGAUUUCAUAUUAUGAAAUCUAUAAAUGUAGUGAAAUUUUCUCUGAAAUACUAUUUUUUUCAGUACUCCUCAGUAAUAUUCUAUAGCAUUUAUAUACUGUAACUUCAUCAGCCAUUCUCCAAUUGAUUGAUGCUUAACUUGUUUCCUGCUCUUUGUUGACACAAAAGAAUUCUGGUAUAAAUAUUUUGGUAACUGUUGAAGAUUUAUUUCUUUAGGCUGAUAGAUGACAGACCUGAGUUCAAAUUCAGUCUCUGACAUUUCCUAGCCAUGUGACUCUGAGCAACUGCCUCAGUUUUCUCCAUAUGUAAAAUGGGUGUACUAAUAACACCUACUGCUUAGGGUGACAUGAGGAUCAAAUGAGAUAAUACCCGUCAAGCACUUUGCAAGCAAUAAAUCACUAUAUGAGUGUUAGCUAUUAUUAUUAUUCCUUGGGUCAUAAGUCUCUUAGUAGAGUCAUUAGCUGAAAGGUAUGGACACUUUAGUCACUUUUUUUAUAAUUGAAAUUGAUGUUCGAAACAGUAUAGAGGAGAGCAGUAUGUUGUAACGAUAGGGCAGUGGGUUUAGAAUCAGGGAGACGGGUUCAAAUUCUGCCUCAGAUGCUCUCUAGCUAUGUACUCUGGGCAAGGAUCAACCUCUCUGUGCCUCAGUUUACUGAUCUCUAAAAUGAGAAAGUUGACCUUAGUGACUUCUGUGGUCUUUUCCAACUCUAAAUCUGUGUUCCCAUGAAAAGUGUGUUCCUAUGUCUCUUUCCACAGCCUCUUCCAGUAUUCUAGGAAGGAGGCCUAACAGGAACAAAUUUGACGUUAUAGCACAAACUAUUUUGUAAUACUUAAAAAUGGAAAGCUUGAGAAAUUGAACAGAUCAGGUGCAUAAUAUACAAAAGCAAAUGGGGUGGGGAGAAGGAGGGGAAGAUCCAAGAUGUUAGAGUGAGACCAGCAUGCUUGCUUAAUCUUGCAAUAUACCUGUCUUUAACAACUUAAACAAAUGCACCUAAAUAAAUUAUGAAAAAAGACAAAAAUCUCAGCGAAUCAUUUUUGUAGCCCAGGGUAGCUUAGGAAGACAUAAAGAGAGGUCUGUACACUCUGGGGUGGGAGCUGGCUGGGAGCAUGGUGUGCCAGAAAUAAGCAUUGACUAUGGGCUUUAGAGACAGCAGCAUCAAAGGAGUGUUAAGGGGACUGUACACUUGGUCAGAAAUAUUCCAUGAGAUCCCUUGAGCUAGCACUGGGCACAGGAUGAGGAGACAUUUGGCAACUCUAUCACCCAUUACCCGGUUCCUGGUCAGAGUCUUAGGUUGGAGAGGUGCAGUCCAGGUUGUAAGGAACCAGGGGUCCUAAAUGUGUGAAGGUCAAAGCACAGAAGAAGAGGGCAGUGACCAGAUCUUUCUCUGCAUCGCACCACUGUGGAAGCACAAAAAAAACCUUACAAUCCCAUAGACCUAGCACUAAAAGCAGCAGGAUGUAAAAAACAGAAGCUCAGGCCAGAUAUCCCCCCUGCAGUGAUGAGCAGAGACCAUCUCUAAUAUGAAGCCCAAAGUCAAGAAAUAGGCUGGAAAAAAUAAGCAAACUAACACCAAAAAACCUGACCUUAAACUACGGUGACAGGAAAGCUCGAGACCGAAACACAGAAGAUGAUAAUGACGUGAAAGCCACCAUCUACAAGCAGUGCCUCACAGAAAAAUACAUAUUGAACAUCAACCCAACAAAAAUUCCUGGGAGGGCUGAAGAAAGAGAUUUUUAAAAAAGAAUCAAAAUAAGAUUUUAA